CGCGCGAGCGCCGGACGCGGCGCUUCGGGACGCGAAAAGGCGCGCGCGAUGCGCGAGGGCGUCGACGCGCUCGAACGGCGCGCGCGGGCGCUGCGAGAGGAGCUCGAAAGCCGCGAUGGGAUGCUCGAGGCGGUGCAGACGCAAGCCAAGAUGGACGUCGAGAGCGCGCGACGCGAGCGAGACGAGGCGCGGCGAGAGGCGAAGGCGGAGAAAACGAUGCGGAUGGAGGCGGCGGCGAUGGCGCUGACGGCGCUCGAGGCGAAGGCGCGGUCGGAGGCGGCGAUGGAGGCGAGGGACGAGGCGACGCCGCGCGAAGUCGAAAUGCGGCGCGAGCUCGAGGACGCCGAGGCGAGACUGAAGCGCGCGGAAGAGGCGGUGCGGGCGAGAGGCGCGGGAGACGGUGACGUCGCGCUUACGCCGGGGCGAUCGCCGAGCGCGGCGUCGUUCGCGAAGAAGGUGGCGCUCGUGGAGGCGCGCGUGCGCGGCGACGUCGAACGCCGGCGAGACGAAUUGCUGCGUUUUUUGCGUCGAGAGCGAAAGGGUGGGAACGCGCGCGGGCGCGGCGGCGGCGGCGGCGGCGGCGGCGAUGGUGGCGCGGACGAGGUCGACGUCGAACGCGCGCGCGGUGCGGCGACGCCGACGACGUCGGAUACCGCUUCGGACGACGGCGACGCGUCGCUCGGGACGGACGCGCGCGGAGCCGCGGUGGAGUGGGGCGUGGCGCAGAGCGAAGCGUAUUCGACCGUCGUCGAGCUCAUGAAGCGAGUGAUGAUGGUCUUAGAGCGCGCGAGCGAGCUGGCCUCCGUGGACGACGCGGCGAUGUCGACGGAUGAGGACGACGUCGAGACGAAACGUUCGUGGUCGGCGGCGGCGGCGGAUUUGCGCGAUCCCGAUCCCACGCUCGAGCAGCUCGUGCGCUGGCUCGAAGCCGUCGAACUCGUCGACGAUGAAGAGCACGCGGUGACGCUGCGCGAGCUCAUGGCGCGCAUGUGCGCUUUGACGCACGCGGUGGUGUUUUCGCUCAAGCGCGCCGUCUCCGCCGCCGCGGAAGCGCGGGAGGAAACCUCGGAGGCGUACGCCAUCGCCGAGGAAGCCGCGGAGGUGUACCGCUUACACCUCGCUCAGGCCGAAUCUCGCGCCACCAUGGCCGAGCGUCGCGCCGUCGCCGCGGAAGAAGCCACCGAAACCAUCACCGAGCUCUCCAAACCCGCCGUGGACGCGCCGACGGUCGACGCGGACGCGACGUCCGGCAAGUCGUCGAGCGAGGCGAAAGCGCCCGAGAGCGCGGCGGCGGCGAAGGGCGCGAAGGGCGCGGCGGCGAGCGAUUUUCAAGAGGUGAGCCUGAGCCCGAAAGCCGGCGGCGGCGGCAAACGCGGGAAAGGAGGCGACGCUCCGGGAACGCCGAUCGCGAAACCGUCCAAGGUGGACGACGCGAUGGUGAAAGAGAUGGAAGCCGCGGUCGAGAGCGUGGCGAAACCGACGGCGAAGGGGGUGAAGACGAUUCCGAAACCGAAGCCGGCGACGGAGGGGAACGGAGGAGACAACGGCGACGGAGGGGCGGAGAAGUCGAAAUCGCAGAGGAAGAAUGAGCGCAAACGAGAGAGGGCGAAACAGAAGAAGCUUGAAGACAAGGCGAGAAUAGCGUCGGCGUCGAUGAAGAAUUCCGUGAACACGGAACGCGACCUCUACUAG